AUGCCCAUCACACAGUUCCCUCACCCUCUCCGCGUAUCGUGCGCCAGGGACCGAGCAUGGAGCAUGCUCUACAUCAAGUAUGACUUUGCGGUCAAGCGUUCUGUCGAUUUCCUCCGCCUCCUCGACCAUCGGCGUCGAAACUGUGCGGAUCUUCGAGACAAGAUCUACUCUCUGCUGGGAAUGACCAAUGAGUUCACCAGAGCGAGGCUGAGACCCGACUAUUCCGCGCCCGUCGAUGAGGUUUUCGCCGCCGCUCUGGCCUCCGACAUUGACGAGCAUCAGGAUCUAGAGGUUCUAAGCUUCGUAGACCACCUUGACGACCCAGGAGAGUACCCGUCGUGGGUUGCUGACCUGGCCCGGGGCCCAGAGACAUGGAGGUUUUACAAGUACUGGCCACCUCCUCCCACAUUCAAAUGGACGCCCGCCUCUCCGAUUUCCUUCUCGGACGAUUUCCGGACCCUCCAUGUCGAUGGGUACGAAAUCGACACUCUGCAGGAUGCCAAGGUACAGAAUACCGAGGAACCAUUGCAGCGACGCACAACUCAGACCGGCAGAGGCUUGGAAUGGACCUGGGACUUGGAGCGCAUCGUCGACGACUUGGCCUCGGGCGGACCGCUGCAGGCUGCCAGAGCAAUCCCCGACUCGGCCACACCAGAAGCACUACGCCGCUCUGUGCAGAGGAUUGUUUACGAGACACUGAUAGCCGGGCAAUUGAGCAGCAGCAACGGCUGGAUCCGCCAUCAGGUUCGGUAUGCAGACGAGGACAUCAACCCCAGCGAGCCGUCCAUGUCACCAUCUAGCCCUGGCGCUGCCGCUGCCCCCUCAGCGCCCAAGUUGUUGUCCGUCGCGUCCCGUCAUAUUGGCCUCGCCCCGUCGGGCAACACAGUCGGCGCGGCAUGCCAGGCUGAGCAGCCAGCAAAAGAGGCCCUUGUAGACAGACCCCUAGACGAGGUUAAUAUCCUGAAGCAGGCCUGCAGCCAGACGCUGGGCCGCAGUCUGCUAUUGUCCGAGGCUAGGUUUCUCGGCCUUGGCCCCGUCAUAUCACAGCCGGGAGACGCCAUCUUUGUUCUUUUUGGACUACGCGAAGCCGCGGUGUUGCGCCCGCGCGAGGACGGAUCGUACAUGUUUGUGGGCACGGCUUAUUUCCAUGGUUUUAUGGAGGGACAGAACUUGAAGGAUUUCGAGCUCGGCAAGUUUUGCAAGAAAAGACUAGCGAUACGAUGA